UUGAAUGUUCCCGGAUUGCACGUGAUCCGGUGAGUCAGGUAGUACUCUGAAUUCGCAAACUCUAUUAAAAUUAAUGCAGGAAGUUAUUGCCACUUGAAGAAAGUUAUAGAAAGUGACAGGCAGUCAUGUUUGAAUAAUAUAUUGCCGUGCAGCAGUAAAGUGUAGUACUUGUGUAAGGGAUGGUUAUGAGAAAACAAUAUAGACAAACAUGGUGUACCUACAUUUUCCAUCCAAUUUAACAGAAGAAGAAUUGAUGCUACAAGCAAAAUACAAUAAGUUAAAAAGAAAGAAAAAGGCAUUGCAAGAUUUAAAAUCGCCAAAACCUGAACCAGAACGUGUUCCUCAAACUCCUAAGCGCCCUACAGAAGCUAGAGAUGCUCGUGAAGUUGCAAAGAAAUUAAUUAAAUCGGGUGUCAUAACUGCGCCCAAAACCCCGAAACGUCCAGAACAAGCUUUUAAGAGACCUAGAGGAUUAGAACGAAAAUUAAACAGUACGGAGAAAACAGUAUCAUCUUAUCAGCCAUUCUCAGCAACACAACCAGAGGAAGAAGAUAGUGAACCAACAAGACCAAAAGUGAAAGGUCUUUAUGAUAGUUUUGUAUCAGCUACCGACACUGCAGACAGAGGAACUACUGAAAAGUCUGUAUCUGCAAAGCCAGAAGCAAAAUCUAUCAAAGGCAAUACAAUAUUUGUUUCGGGUUAUAAAAUAUCAGAAGAUUUUUUAAAAAAACAUUUUGCUACAUUUGGCAAUAUUCUGAAAAUAACAAUGGAAGCCGAGAAAAACAGAGGUUUCAUAACUUUUGAGAAAGCAGAAUCAGCCGAGAGAUCAAUAAGCGAAAUGGAUGGAAUAAUGGCUUCAUCGAUUCAAUUGAAAGUUUCUAUGGCUCGAAGACAACCAGUGAUUGAUCCCAUAAAUGACACAACUUCCAGUACAAUGUGGUCAUCAUUAGCGGCAAGUUAUAUGCAAAAGAGUAGUCACAAGGAUAAACGUAAUAUGGUUAUUUACGAUGAUGAUUUCUUUACCUAAUUGUAAAAAUAAAUGUAAUUAUAGUUAUUAAGGAAAUAGAUAGAUUUAUUUAAAUAAAAUUUU